GCGCGCGGCCCAAAAAGUGGGAGGGGACAGGUUGGAGGGUGGUCUCUGAGGAGGAGCCAGUCUGGAUUGUAUUGUUCUGCGCUCCGCUUCCCGGGUUCUUCUACCGGCUUCAGACCUGGUGGGCGCACCCCGAGGCAGAGGCGCCCACCCCUCCCCUCCUGAGCCCCGAGAAGGAUCUGAGUAGGGGAGGUCUCACCUGAGUGCCUGCAUCGGAGCUGAGAGAGCGGAGGACACCGGUGGAGAGCCAGAGUCCUUGUGCCCCGCCGCACCUCGAGCCUUUGCAGGAGCAGGGCGCCCCCACCCCCCGCGAUGGCCAUUGCCUGGCCGAGCCCCGCCGGGACCACGAGCGGACGCCGGAGCGCCGCUCUCUAGCCGGGCGCAGCGCCUCUUUACCCGGAGCUGGCGAUGGGGAGCAGCGGGUCGGCUCUGAGGGUCUGUGCGGACCACCGCGGGGGCAUCAACUGGCUGAGCCUGAGCCCCGACGGGCAGCGCCUGCUGACGGGCAGCGAGGACGGCACGGCCCGCCUCUGGAGCACCGCGGACGGCCGGUGCUGCGCGCUCCUGCAAGGACAUGAGAGCUAUGUGACCUUCUGUCAGCUGGAGGAUGAGGCCGCCUUCACCUGCAGUGCUGACUGCACCAUCCGGAGGUGGGACGUAAGGACCGGGCAGUGUCUGCAGGUGUACCGAGGACACACAUCCAUCGUGAACAGGAUCCUAGUCGCCAAUGACCAGCUCUUCAGCAGUUCCUAUGACCGGACAGCUCGCGUGUGGACUGUGGACAAAGGGCAAGUGUCCCGAGAGUUCCGGGGCCACCGGAACUGUGUCCUGACGCUAGCCUACUCUGCUCCCAAGGACCUGCCCAGAGAGCCCUGCUUGGAGGCGGCCAUGGGUGGCGGCCUCCUAGUGACGGGCAGCUCAGAUGACACAGCCAAAGUGUGGCAGGUGGCCAGUGGCUGCUGCCACCAGACCCUUCGGGGCCACACCGGAGCAGUGCUGUGCCUGGUGCUGGAUGUCUCCAGCCACACAGUCUUCACAGGCAGCACUGAUGCCACCGUUCGCGCUUGGGACAUCCUGAGUGGGGAGCAGCUGCGGAUUUUCCGGGAGCACCAGGGCUCUGUCAUCUGUCUGGAGCUCACAGAUCGGCUCCUAUACUCGGGCAGCGCAGACAGGACUGUCAAGUGCUGGCUGGCUGAUACUGGGGAGAGGGUGCGCACCUUCCCGGCACAUAGACACAGCGUGAGCGCCCUCAAGUACCACGAGGGCACCUUGUUCACAGGCAGUGGGGAUGCCUGCGCCCGGGCCUUUGAUGCCCAGUCAGGAGUGCUGCAGAGGGUGUUCCGCGGCCACACAUUCAUCAUCAACUGUCUCCAGGUGCACGGCCAGGUGCUCUACACAGCAUCUCAUGAUGGUGCUCUGCGCCUCUGGGAUGUACGUGGUCUCCAGUCGGUGCCCCCUUUGCCACGCAGGCCAGCAGCCAAGCGCAGCCUGUCACGCCUCUUUAGCAACAAGGUGGCCUGUGCAGCCCCAGUGCCCCUACAGCCAGCCUGAGGGCCUGGAGAGGAGCCGGACGGCCUGUGGCACGGCAUGUACCUGCCCUCGUGACCUUUCCCGCUGUGGAAAAGUGACGGUGCGUCUUGUCCAUGCUCUGAACCAAGGCCUUGCUCCCUGGAUACUUCUAGUCAAGGCAGGGCCUCCAGCUCUGAUAGCUGAAUUCCGUGCUGUCAGGCUCUUGGCUGUGAGAAAAUGGCAACUUCUUACAAAAGCCACGGAGCUAGGUUGUCAUACUGGCAAAUUAUGUGCCACAAGGGUCCUCCAGAAGAACUCAAUACACACUCUACGUGCUCUGAGUUGUCUCUGGUUUUGUUUUGGAGGCCUCCCACCACAGCUGUGCCCUCCAGUACCUGGCCCGGUCAUCUCCCCCCUGGCUGAGCAAAGGGCUUGUGAGGCAAGGUCAUCUCCACAGCAGUGGUCUGAGGAGAGGACAGGCAGCCAGGGACCAGCUGUCCAGCCAGCCUGCUUGGUGGGAGGUCCUUCUGUCUGGGAGCACCUACCCGUUAUCGGAGAUUAAUCUAAGAGUUGUCUUCUGUCAAGGUUUGAACUUGAAAAGCUGGGCAGUGCCAUCUGGUCUCGUGCAGAAAUGCUAGCAAUAUGCCAGACGUGGAAGUCAUUAGACCCAUGUAGGAGCCACAGGGGCUGCAGAGAUGGCUCCGUGGUUAAGAACAUGUGUGCACUGUUCCUACAAAGGGACAGAGUUUGAUUCCUAGCACCCGAGUUAAUUGGUCACAACCAUCAGUAACUCUGGUUCCAGCAGAUCAAGCACCCUCUCCUGGCCUCCACAGACACUUGCACCUACAAUACACAGACACACAUUUUUUUUUUUU